UGUUCCAUUCCAAUUGCUUACUGAGAAAGAAGUAAUCUCAUUCUCUAGCAGAUCCAUCAUAUAACCAUGAUGACUCCAAACUUGAAGCUGGAAGCUGAAAAUAAUUUAGAAGGAAGAAGCCAAGUAGGUUCCAAUAACAGUGCCACCACUUCUGAUGCUGAUCCAGGUUCUGUUUCCCUUGACUUGACCCUCAACUUCAGUCCCAGUGAUGAAAUUGAAGAGUUGAAAGACACAAAUGACACUAACAGUGAAGCGGGAGCUGAGGAUCAUGCAUCUUCACUACCUUCAAUUCAUAGAAUUUUCUCUUGUAAUUACUGUAGGAGGAAAUUCUUUAGCUCACAGGCAUUAGGUGGCCAUCAAAAUGCUCAUAAAAGGGAGAGGACAAUGACGAAGCGCGCGAUGCGAAUGGGAAUGUUCACUGAAAGGUAUACAAGCCUAGCAUCUCUGCCACUCCAUGGUUCUAAUUUCCGGUCUCUCGGUAUCGAAGCUCAUUCCGCAAUGCACCAAAGACACAUGGCAUCAUCAUCAAUGAGGGUUCCUGAUAUGAGAGGUGCAGCAAGAUUUGAGAAAGACUACUGUUUCGGGACACCAAUGUUCAUGCAAGAUGGUGAUGUUGGUCUGUUUUGGCCUGGAAGUUUCAGGCAGAUAGAUGCAAGGGCUGGUGUUAAUUUGGGGCGUGAACAUGAACAACAUGCUCAUAAUUCAAGUCCUAGUUUUGUAGAAACUACUCCUGCACAGACAUCUACAUCUCCUGAUCUCACUCUGAGGCUUUAAGAAAAAAAAAAUUGUCUUGAUUAAAUUUAAAUAAUAGAAGGCUUCUUGUGUUAACAACAAGGUAAGGCUGCGUACAAUAGACUAAGUGGUCGUAACCUUCUCCGGACCUGCGCAUAGUGAGAGCUUUGAUGUACCAGGCUUCCCUUUAGUAAUUUUG